UCGAACUAUCAUCGCCCAAAGCACAACCACACUACAACUCAAAGCACUGCCUAUAGACCUUUUUCUUCGCUUGUCCAUGGAGGGCGCCAUAGCGGCGAGUGACUUCCUGUGGGAUGCUUCGAACUUCCGUUAAUCCGUUUACCAACUGUCAAGUUACGUUAGUGUAAUGGCGAAUCGCGGAGGCUCUGGGAAAUUUUGUGCUGCUAAAGGCUGUCACAACAGCUAUAGGAAGCUCAAAAAUUUUCUUGAUCAAGAGUGUUAUGAUCACAAGCCAACAAUAAGAGCAGAAUGUAAAUGCCCAAGACCAUUUAAAUUGCACAAGAUGCCAUCCGACGACGACGGUAAAAGACAUUGGCUCGCAGCACUUAAUUUGAAAUGCCCGCCUCGUAACGUCCAUGUAUGCUCAUUCCACUUUGUGGACAGACAACCAACGACAGAAAAUCCAUAUCCUGAACUUUGGCUUGGAUAUGAUCGUCCAUUAAGUAAGAAGAGAAGACGACGAACGUGGCCGGACGAAGGAGCUGGUGUUAACCCAGAGCAGCAUGGAAUGGAUGAAAUGAAACCUGUAGAAGAGAGUCUUGCAUCUGUCCCCAGUCCCAAGCAAACAGAUGUUGAUGACAGCAGCUGUACAUCAAAAACCUUUACCUCUGUUGGAACACAGUGGGAAGACCACAUCUUCGAGGAGCAUUGUUAUAUUAAGAGACAACACAGUAUAACUUAUGUAAACCAGUCAACGCAGUGCGAUACAUUCAAGCCUCUAACUCUGAUGAAUGACUAUGACUCAAAUCUCUACACUGGGCUCCCUCUCCACACAUUUCAUACCCUUGUAGCUGUUCUUCGUCCCCAUGAGAAUCUGGCUUACCAGACUGAAAUUGAACAGCAAAUCUUGCUCACACUAAUGAAGCUGAAAUUAAACCUGUUGAUAGAAGAUCUUGCCAUUCGAUUCUGUAUAUCAGUGAGUCAAGUGAGCAGGAUAAUUUCUUUUUGGAUUGACACCAUGGCUGCAGUCUUGAAGGAACUGAUACCAUGGCUCCCCAAAGAAACAAUCAGGGCCACAACACCAGAGGCAUACAAGCAACAUUACCCUAAUGUUACCUGUAUCUUAGACUGCAGUGAAAGUGAAGUCCAAAGACCAGGGAACCUAGACUCAAGGUCUGAAUCAUACAGCCACUACUAUGCUUGCAACACCAUCAAGUAUUUAGUGGCUAUUGCACCAUGUGGUCUAGUAAUGUUUAUAUCUGCAGCAUAUGGGGGACGCUGUAGUGACAAAUUCAUCACGUGUGAUUCUGGCAUUCUCGAAUACCUCCAUCCAGGAGAUGAAGUGAUGGUGGACAGGGGUUUUUUGAUUAGAGACUUGUUGUUUGAAAGAAAAGUCAAUAUGAUAAUUCCUCACUUUGCCAACAAAAUGCAGCUAACAGAAGAAAAAGUCACAUGUAGCCGCAGGAUUGCAAAUGUAAGGAUACAUGUUGAACGUGCAAUUAGGAGACUGAAAGUAUACAAGGUGUUAUCACAAACCUUGCCUAUCACCCUUAUGCCAAAGAUAGAUAAAAUUCUGCGUAUAUGUGCAGCUUUAGUGAAUUUGCGUGGUGAUCUGAUCCGUGAAGCAGAUAAAUAAGUUAUUUUAAAAUGAAAUGUUGUCUUCAUUAACUCUCCCUCAUGAUUUAUUUUGGAGAAUGUUGGUUACCAGACAGUUGAUA